AUGACAAGCGGAUCGGAUCAUACAGACGCCUCUUCUCAUUCAUUCAGCAUCAUACAGACGCCAGAAGUCCCUCGUUUAAUAGACCUCACUCACGGGUCUCUCGUAUACCAGUGGAGCAUUCCAGGAUCGCAACAUGGCGGGCUCACGAGAUCGCGGGACCAUUUCCUAGCAUCGUUGUCGGCCAGCGAGGAUGAGACGCCCUUGUCGGCUCCAGAACUCGUUGCCAGAUUCAUUCUGUAUCUGAUCCAGCAUAAUGAACUGUGGGAUGAAGCGACCUCAACAGCGCGCAUAGAGAGUAUCGAACUCUUGUUUCGCAAAUUCGAGACCGACUUUCUCCGGGGCAAGGACAUUCACACUUUCGUUGCUAAACUUCCCGGCAAGCCCAGCCAGCGCCAGACUGUACUACAAGCCUACAUGGCUGCUCUCGCGUCUUCGAGCAUUUCGAGCUCACAGGUCAGGCACGAAGCUGCUUUGUUCUCCCAGGCCAAUGAUCGACAAACCAACACUUACGCCAUAUUCGGUGGUCAAGGCAACACGACGGACUAUUUCUCAGAGCUUCUAAGCCUCUACGCAACCUAUACUCAUCAAGUUGAGCCCUUGAUAGUAACUGCUACUCAGACGUUCCAUGAACUUCUACAUGAUGCAUCAGUGACCUGUUUACGCCAAUUCCAUCAAGGACUCGAUAUCUUACAAUGGCUACUACGGCCUGAAACUAUGCCAGAGCCAGAGUACCUGCUCUCAGCUCCAGUCAGCUUCCCCAUUAUUGGCCUUGUGCAGUUCGCCAACUAUGCAGUUCUGUGUCGAUGUUUGGACAAGACACCAGGUGAGAUCACCGAGCACUUUCUUGGCUUGGCAGGUCAUAGUCAAGGGGUUAUUGUGGCAGCAACCCUAGCCACAGUCUCAGAUUGGGAGAGCUUCGACAUAGCACUGGCAAUGUCUCUCAGAUUGCUAUUUCACGUUGGUUCAGCGGCCCAGGAAGCUACGCCGCAAGUGAGCGUACCGUCAUUGAUAUCGACAGAGACAAUGAAGCAUGGCGAAGGCUUCCCUACUCCCAUGUUGAAUGUUUCAGGCUGCAGUCGUACGCAGCUUGAGUGGUAUCUGAAAGGCAUCAACGACUAUCUCGAACCUCAUCAGCGUGUCUGGAUAGGCUUGAUCAAUUCUCAGAGCAAUUUCGUCGUCUCGGGUCCCAUGCUCUCGCUAUGUGCCCUGACUUCCAAUCUAAGACAGGUCAAGGCUGCGCCAGGCGCUGACCAGGGCAAAGUCGCCUACUCUAUGCGGAAACCAGAGUUCUCGCUUCGAUUCCUGCCCAUUUCAGCACCAUUCCAUUCAGUGCAUCUAGAAAGUGCAGUCUUCACCGCGUUACAAGCUCUGAGCCAGGUUCAUAUAGAUGCCGGAGACCUGCAGGUUCCCGUUUAUCACAGCCAUACCGGUGAAGAUCUCCGCAAGAAGGGCUCUGGAGAUGUUGUGCCAGACUUGGUGAGAAUGAUACUCUGCGAGCUGGAUGACUGGACAUCAUCAACCAAAUUCCCAGAUGCUACACAUGUAUUGGAUUUCGGUCCAGGUGGCAUUUCUGGAGUCGGCGCCCUACUGCACCGGAACAAGGAAGGUACUGGUUUGAGAUUGAUCAUAAUGGGUCAAGCAGAAGGCACGUCAACCGAAUUCGGAUACCGUUAUGAAGCUUUCCAGAGCGCACCGGUCUUUGGAGACAACUGGUCCCAACUCUACUCUCCCAAGCUCAUUCAGAGCAAGACUGGAGUCAAGAUCGACAACAAGAUGACGCGUUUGCUCAGCCUCCCACCAUUGAUGGUCGCGGGAAUGACCCCAACCACGGUUUCGUGGGAGUUCGUGAGUGCCAUCAUCAACGCUGGCUAUCAUACCGAGUUGGCAGGAGGAGGCUUGCAUAACGCUCAACAGAUGACCAGCGCCAUCAAAAACUUAGUGAAGUCUAUUCCUGCAGGACAUGGCAUUUGCAUCAACGUCAUCUAUGCCAGCCCGAAGCAAGUCCGUUGGCAGGUUCCAUUGAUCCAGAAGCUUCGAUCAGAAGGUGUACCCAUUGACGGUCUGACUUUUGGUGCCGGCGUGCCUUCCGUAGAGGUUGCCAAAGAAUACGUGGAGCUGGGGCUACGAUACCUCUCCUUCAAGCCUGGAUCUGCGUUUGCCAUCAACCAGGUCAUUGCUAUCGCAAGGACGAAUAAAUCCUAUCCCAUACUUCUUCAGUGGACUGGCGGCCGCGGCGGAGGGCAUCACUCAUAUGAAGAUUUCCAUGAUCCAAUCUUGAAGCUCUAUGGUCGGAUACGACGCUGCCCUAACAUCGUCUUGUUGGCUGGCAGUGGCUUCGGCGGAGCAGAAGAUACCUACCAAUACCUUACAGGCUCUUGGUCGUUGCCUUUGGGGUACCCGCCCAUGCCAUUUGACGGUGUGCUUUUCGGUAGUCGCAUGAUGGUUGCCAAAGAAGCUAAGACCAGUCGGGGAGCGAAAGAGGCCAUCGUGGCUGCACCUGGAGUCGAAGACCAGGCUUCAUGGGAGCAGAGCUACAACAAACCAACCGGUGGUAUCAUCAAUGUGAGGAGUGAGAUGGGCGAGCCAAUACACAAGAUCGCUACAAGAGGUGUGCUGUUAUGGAGGGAGAUGGACGAGAAGAUCUUCAGCAUAUCAGACAAGCCGAAGAGACUCGAAAAGCUGCGCAGCAUGAAGUCCUACAUCAUCCAAAGAUUGAACGACGACUUCCAAAAAGUCUGGUUCGGUCGCGACAGCCAGGGCAACGUGGUCGAUCUGGAAGACAUGACCUACGCAGAAGUAUUGCGUCGUCUGAUCGAGCUUCUCUACGUGGAGAAAAAAUCAAGAUGGGUAGACCCGAGCUACAUGAGACUCACAGCGGACUUUGUGCGACGUAUGUUUGCUCGUCUCUUGACAUCUAUGCCCCGAUUCGAGACAAAUUUUGGCCUGCAGACUCCGCUGCUGGCAGUUCCAAACAUCCUGUCACAUUGUCCUCAGGCGGAGAAGCAGAUUAUCAGCUACAACGACGCGCGCUAUUUUGUGCUGUUAUGCAAGCGACAGGGUCAAAAGCCGCCGACCUUCAUUCCUGACCUUGAUGACGACUUCGAGGUCUGGUUCAAGAAAGACUCCCUGUGGCAAUCUGAGGAUCUAGCAGCAGUUGUUGGCGAGGAUGCUGGUCGAACUUGCAUCUUGCAGGGUCCUGUGGCUGCCAGGUAUUCGACACGCAUCGAUGAGCCAAUAGCCCACAUUCUGAACAACAUCAACCAAGGACACAUUUCGAAAAUACUCGAGAGCCAGUAUGCUGGAGAUGUGGGCAGGGUUCCUGCUACCGGACUCACGACACCUGAGCCCACUUCAUCUUUGAAGACGCCUGCCCAUUGUUUCAUUAGUCACGAAGGCCAAAAGGCACAUUACCGAAUCGCCAGCUCGAUCGAAGACGAUCAGUUGCCCGAAACCAGUCACUGGCUCCGACUACUAGCCGGUCGUCCAGGCACUUGGUUGCACUCGCUGUUGCUGUCAGAAGACAUAACACAGGGCUCAAAAGUUGUUGCCAAUCCCAUAAGACGAGUGCUCUCUCCAACUCAGGGUAUGCACGUCGAAGUCACCGAAGCCAGCAACCCUGAAGACUUGGCUGUUGCAAUCCUCGAGUCCAAUAAUGACAGCUCUCUUUCGCCUACCACCAAAUACUCUACGGUAAUCAGCAAGGAUAAAGAUAUCCUCGUCACCUUCUACACCGAUGAAAGCGUAGAGAGGGUCAGUCUUCCGCUCACGUUCAAGUUUACAUAUCAUCCGGAUAUGGUCAUGCACCCGAUACAUGAACUUAUGGCCGAACGUAACGACAGGUUGAGGAAAUUCUACUACCGUCUUUGGUUCGGGACUGGCCAGCAAGAACGUCCCGUCUCCCCACAAGGACUUCGUAAACUUCAGCGGCGACCAACUCGGCCUUUUGACACAUCGUUUCCAGCAACAGUGUCUCCAACGAAAAAGCCGCCAAAGGCAAUGUCGCUCGUCACUGGUGGCGCUUUGAAAUCGCUCAAGACUGAGCUCGAAACUCCGCUCGACUUGCAGGGGGCGUCCUUCAACACUGAGUCGCCGACGAACUUGGUCUUUAAAGGUCGCGAGCUUACGGUUUCCUCCCCAUCGAUACAGGAUUUCUCGGAUAGCAUCGAGCAGUCGCACCAAGCGAUCUCUGCACGAUCUGAUAAGAGUAUGGCAUCAUUGGACUUUGCCAUCGUUGUGGGAUGGGAAGCUAUGAUGAAGGCGAUCUUUCCCAGCGCUAUCGACGGUGAAUUCCUGAACCUGGUACACCUGUCUAAUAAGUUUCGUAUCUUGAACGACAGCACACCUUUGUCAAGUCUAGAUCAGAUCAACAGCAACGCUGAGAUUCUAGCAAUUCGAAACGAGCCCGCAGGUCGUGUGGUCGAAGUUGGUGCAAUCAUUGAGCGAGAUGGUAGUCCUGUAUUGGAACUUGUCUCGGAGUUCCUGUUCCGAGGAACUUACACAGACUACAGCGUCUGCUUCGAGAAGAAGUCCGAGCCCAAGAUGCUCGUCAAGUUGGACUCUGCUCCCAAGAUUGCGGUCUUGAAGAGCAAGAACUGGAUCAGUUUGAAAGUACCUGAAGCAGACCUGCUUGGCCUCACAGUCAUAUUCGAGCUCAAGAGCCUCAACAGACUGGAGGCUGAUUCGGCUUUCCGCAGUGUGCAAACAUUCGGUCAGGUCUAUUUUGAGGACGUUGUCACCAAGACUCGUAACGUUGUUGCUACGGUGCAUUACCAGUCCGGCAAGUCUGCAAGCAAUCCUGUCACGGAGUAUCUGAAGCGGCAAGGUUCAGGCGCUGAAACUUUUCACCAUCAAGAGAACGCCCAACCCCUCGGAGAGUCUGACUGGUUGCGUAUCACGACUCCAGCCACGAAUCAGGCCUAUGCUCGGGCUUCUGGUGACUACAAUCCCAUCCAUGUCUCCAGACCCUUUGCGAAGUAUGCCAACCUGCCAGGUACCAUUACUCAUGGCAUGUACACUAGUGCAGCGGUGCGACAACUCGUCGAGAAAGCGGCAGGCUCGAAUGAAAGUGUCAGGAUGCGAUCAUACAAGGCCUCCUUUACGAGUAUGGUGCUACCUGGGGAUACCCUCGAGGUUCAAGUCAGUCACGUGGCGAUGAAGGAAGGAUUGCGCGUCCUGUCUUUCCAAGCUGUUAACGUUGCCACGGGUGACAAGGUUCUGGUUGGCGAGGCCGAGGUCGACCAGCCACUGACCACCUACAUCUUCACUGGUCAAGGUAGUCAGAAGCCAGAGAUGGGCAUGGAUCUUUAUGCCACGUCUGAGGUUGCCAAAGCUGUGUGGGAUGAGGCUGAUCGGUUUUACUCACAGACAUAUGGUUUCUUGAUCAGUGAGAUUGUCAAGCACAACCCCAAAGUCUUGACCGUCUACUUUGGUGGCCGCAGAGGAGCCAAAAUUCGACAAAGCUACAUGGAGAUGACUGUCGAGUCCAAUGGCAAGCCCGAGAAAUUCUUCGAAUCAAUCAACAAAAAGACCACCAAGUACACUUUUACGCACAACGCUGGUCUGCUCUUCAGCACUGAAUUCGCCCAGCCCGCACUGACAGUCAUGGAACGCGCCCAAUACCUACACCUCAAGAGCAAAGGCAUCGUUUCGCCCAACGCCCUUUUCGCUGGCCACUCCCUGGGCGAGUACACUGCACUCAGCAGCAUCGGCGAGAUCAUGUCGUUCGAGAAACUGCUCUCCGUCGUCUUCUACCGCGGACUCACCAUGCAAUCGGCCGUGAACCGCGACGCCUCUGGCCGCUCUCGUUUCUCCAUGAUGGCCGUGAACCCGUCGCGCAUCAGCAAGAUGAUGAGCACGCAGGACCUGCAGGACCUAAUCACCAAGAUCGCCACCGCUCUUGAGGGCGACCUCCUCGAGAUCGUCAACUACAAUGUCGCCACACAGCAGUACGUCGUGGCUGGCACCCUCGCUACCCUCGACUGCCUCGCCGCCGUCUGCAACCACAUGGCCGCCAACGCCAAGGACUUCCACCCUAGCAACACGGCUGCUGCCACAAAUCUCGACAACGCUGUAACGACCGCCGCGGCCAAGACGGAGCUGAAGCCUUUUCCCAUUCCUCUCAAGCGCGGCGUCGCGACCGUGCCCCUCGAAGGCAUCGACGUGCCAUUCCACAGUAGUUUUCUCUUGCCGAAGAUGCCGGCAUUCCGCAGGGUGCUGGAGCGGUAUAUCACUCGUGAGGCGAUCGAUGCACGGCUGCUGAAGGGGAAGUAUGUCAGUAAUGUGACGGGUAAGGCGUUUGAUACGAGCUAUGAGGCCGUGCAGGAGAUGUAUGAGACGACCGGGAGUGUGGUGCUCAAGGAGCUGUUGGAGGAGAUGGAGGGUUAUGCUUGA